AUGGGGCAGGGUGCCACACUGUGCUCCCCACAGUUCCCAGGGGGCAGUGACAAUUACCUGGCCAUCACCGGCACCGCGCACCCCUUCCUCACCGGCGCCGAGACCUUCCACACGCCGAGCCUGGGCGACGAGGAGUUCGAGCUGCCCCCCAUCUCCCUAGAGGCCGACCCCUCUCUGGCCGUGGCCGUGGGGCACUUCGAGGACCUGGGCGAGCCGGGGGGGGGGGGGGGGGCAGGCGUGGCCACCGACCCCCCCUUCCCUGCCCCCCAUCACCCCCACCAUCCCCCCCCACCGGGCCCCAGCGCUCACUAUGGGGGGGUGCAGGCGCUGGACAUGGCCGUGGGCAUCGGGCACGGGCUCAUGGAGCAAGGAGCUGGGCUGCUGGCGGGGGGGCUCGCCAUGGAGCUGGAGCACACCAUGAGCCCCCAGUACAGCACCGCCCCCCCCGUCACCAUCGACGUGCCCAUGGCGGCCCUGAGCCCGGGGGGGCUGCUGGCGCCGGGCCAGCUGACCACCAUCGACCAAUCGGAGCUCAGCUCUCAGCUGGGGCUCAGCCUGGGAGCCAAUGGGGCGCCGGGAUCUAGCGGGGGCGCCGCCACCCCCCCCCCACCGCAGCCCCCACCACCCCCCCCACCGGCGGCAUCACCGGAGGAGCGGCUCUCGCCCCCCCCGUCCCCCACGGGCUCCGGGCACGAGGAGGAGGCCGAGGACUUCCGCAGGUCCGCCCCAGCCCCAUCCCCUCCGGCCCCGCUGGCCCCACCGGCCCCAGCGCCCGCCGGCGGGGACGCCCCGCGCCGGGGGAAGCCCCCCAAGAAGGCCAAGAAGAAGAAGGACCCCAACGAGCCGCAGAAGCCGGUGUCCGCCUACGCCCUCUUCUUCCGCGACACCCAGGCCGCCAUCAAGGGCCAGAACCCCAACGCCACCUUCGGGGAGGUCUCCAAGAUCGUGGCAUCCAUGUGGGACAGCCUGGGAGAGGAGCAGAAACAGGUGUACAAGAGGAAGACGGAGGCCGCCAAGAAGGAAUACCUGAAGGCCCUGGCCGCCUACCGAGCCAUCUUGGUGCGCCCCAGAGGGAUGGGAUUUGGGCUCAAUUCACCCCAAUUUGGGGCCCCGCCGCCGCGCUUGAGGUUGACCCUGCCCCCACCCCCAACCCCCAACGCCCCAAAUCCGCCCCCCCCCUCCCAUCCCCCCGUGCACAUCAAGAUCCUGCCCCCCCUGCGCGUGCUGGCGGCCCCCGGCGCGGACGGCGGCGGUGCCACGACCGGAGGAGGAGGAGGAGGAGGAGGAGGAGGGGAGGAGGAAGAGGAGGAAGCGGCCGUGGAGGAGGAGGUGGUGGAGAUGGUGGGGGGGGAGUUCGGCAGCGAGGCUGAGUCCCCCCCAGGCCUCGCAGUGGAGCUGGUACCCGAGGACCCCCCCCCUGCGCGCUGCAUCCGGGCGGGAUGCGGGAACGCGCCCGUGGCCAGCGGGGACUGGGAUGAGGAAUACUGCAGCAGUGAGUGCGUGGUCAGGCACUGCCGGGACGUGUUCCUGGCCUGGCUCGCCGCCCGCAACGCCGGCCCCAACAACGUCGUCUUCGUCAAGUGAGCCCCCCCCUCCCCCCCAUUGGCACUUAUGGGGCGCCCCACACCCCCCCCAUGGACACCCCACA